AUGACAAUCUCUGCCAUGAGAAAUAAAUGUGUGGUUUUGGGUUUAGCAAUGUGUCUCGUUCUCUCAAGCUUCCAUGAGGUUUCUUGCCAGGUUCUCGGAAGCAGUAGUGAAGACUCGCUUGACGAGCUAAGACUUCCAACUAACAUCAACGAUUUCUUCGACGAAGAAAGGAGUCCAUCUAUAUCAACUAGUGAGAGUAGUGAAAGCGAGAACACUAACGAGGAAGAAUCAGCAGAGGAGGAGACAUCAUCUUUUGGCCUUAACAGGUUAACGCAGUCCGAAGCUGUUAGUGGUCUUGAUGAAGCGGGUCAGAGUUCGAGUAGGAAGAACUCAAUGGACCGUAUAGUCCGAGAUUUUAAAGAAACAGUUGGAUCUGAUGGUGUCAAAAUUGGAGAAUCUGAGGACGUUAAUGAAAUUGGUGUUACGAAAUGGAAACUGGUUGAGGACCUUGAACGCAGGGCGGAAGAGAAUGAAAGUGCAGAUGAUGAAAGUGAUAAACACAAAAUAUAUUAUGGAAACAUGGGUGAAAGGGGAAAAGAAUCUAAUAAAAACGCAAAGUUCACAAGUAACUCCCAAAAGGUUAAAAGCGAAGCCACCUCAAGUCGUCAACAACAGUAUGAGUCGAGCAAAAUAAAUGGUGGCUCAAGCUCAAGGAUUGUUGGAUCUCUAGGACUUGGACAUUCAGGUUCGUGGCGAUGUAUCAACCCAGACAAAAAUGGUGUUAAGGAAGACGAAGAUGAUUCCAUCAUUAUACCAAUGUAUGAAAUAGAUGAGAUUAUCAAGGAAGAAUCCAUUUCUCAGGACUCCUCGUCAAGGACAUCUAGUCUCAUAGCAUCACUGACCGAGAUUGUGGAAAAACAUAAGAAUGAAGAGUUUUCAUCAAGGGUGGGCAUAGGAAAGAAAAGAGGAAAAACUAAAGAAAUGGUUAGAUUAGAAACCAUGGAGAAGCUAAAGGUUUCCUUGAAAAAGUUUCGUUCUUUAACCGUCCAACAACUGGUGAAUCGUGCGGAUUUCGAGAACAUACUGGCCUCCGCUGCGCGUUACGAGGAAGUGAGCCUGGCUAAAGUAAGCCACAUCUCGAAGCUUUCAAUGUACAAAAGUAUGAUAAUGGAUAUAAAGACGGCCUCAAUGAGAGUUCAACAUGCAGAGUCCCGUAUUGAGUUGCAAGAAAAAGACUACAUGGAUAAGCAGAAACUUGUGGACGCUGAGUUUGCGUCAGUCAAGGCUUUGGCUAAGAGGGGAGACAUGUUGUACGUCAAAAUAUUCGCGAUCAAGAAACUGGUGGCGAAGCUUGAGGCCGAGAAGCUAGAGGUUGAUAGGAACUUCGAGAAGACCGUUGGAAAUCUAUCCCGCGUUAUAGAGGAGGCUUCUCAGGCUGAAGAGCACUAUCAUCUUGCUGUGCGUAAGUGGAAGGAGGAGAAAGCUUCGAUCGAGUAUUCUUAUGAGGCCGUCGAGAAGGCGGAUUUCAUCUGGGUCCAGUUUCUAAACACUCUCACAUAG